UUCAAGGCAGAUAAAGCUCACAAUCACGAAAUAAUGAACCGGCUUUUCGGUAGGAGCAGGAUCCAGGCGCCUCCCAGCCUCUCGGAGUGUAUAUCAAAUGUUGAUGGGCGCGCAGAGGUGAUCGAGAAGAAGAUCGCUAGGAUCGACUCCGAGCUCAUCAAGUAUAAAGAGCAGAUGAAGAAGAUGAGAGAAGGACCUGCCAAGGAUGCAGUAAAACAGAAGGCAAUGAGAGUGCUCAAGCAGAAGAGACUGUACGAGGGCCAAAGAGAUCAGCUUGCACAGCAGUCCUUUAACAUGGAACAGGCCAACUACACUAUUCAGUCUUUAAAGGACACCAAGACAACUAUUGAGGCUAUGAAGAUUGGAGCUAAAGAAAUGAAAAAGGCCUAUAAACAAGUGAAGAUGGAUCAAAUUGAGGAUCUACAAGACCAGCUUGAGGACAUGAUGGAGGAAGCAGAUGAAGUGCAGGAAGCUCUGAGUCGCAGCUAUGGUACACCAGAUAUUGAUGAAGAUGAACUAGAAGCAGAGUUGGAUGCACUUGGAGAUGAGUUACUGCUGGAUGAUGACAGCUCCUAUUUGGACGAAGCUUCGUCUGCACCCUCCAUACCAGAAGGAAUGCCCACCGACAGCAAAACCAUUAAGGAUGGUGUCCUGGUUGAUGAGUUUGGAUUACCUAAAAUUCCAGCCACAUAG